GACCUGAGAGAGGGGGAAACAGACAAUUGAGCAGUUUUUCAGACAGACAAUCUGUGUCUAAAUCCCUAGAGGUGAGGAAAUCAUCUAAAAGGAGGCUCUGGUUCGCAGCAUGGUCAGCAGAGACGGAAAGAUAAACUACAGCAGUGGUCGGCAGUUGGCAUCGACUAUAACAUCUUCAAUGCAGAUAAACCAGGACCACUAAUUGCUCCAUGAAGAAUCGGGGGCCAUGGCACAGAUGGGGCUCCCAUCUCCUUGCGAUGGCCUUAUGGGUUGGCAUUGGAGUAAAGCUCCAAGUUGGGGGUGACCAGAUGAAGCCGGCCCGUGCACCUCUGAUCCCCCAUCGGCCUUUUGUUGUCGUGUGGAAUGCACCUACGGAGUCCUGCCGCCUUCGAUUCAAAGUAGACCUGGACCUCAGUGUUUUUGAUAUCGUAGCAAACCUCAACGAAACCCUCAGUGGACCAAAUGUCACCAUAUUCUACCACAGCCACCUGGGAUACUACCCAUACUACUCCAACUCUGGGUUCCCCAUUAAUGGUGGUUUGCCACAGAACCAGAGCAUCUCCAAACACCUGAGUAAGGCCCGGACUGACAUUGACAAGCUUAUCCCGCACAAGGAUUUUCGAGGCUUGGGUGUCAUUGACUGGGAGAACUGGAGGCCACAGUGGGUCAGAAACUGGGGCUCCAAGGACAUAUACCGCAAUAAGUCCAAGGAUCAAAUCCGGAAACUUCACCCAAACUGGCCAGAGAGCAAAGUAGAGAAGGAAGCAAAGGAAAGUUUCGAAAGAGCUGGGCAAGACUUUAUGAACCUGACCUUAGCUCUGGCUGAGGGCCGCAGGCCGAAUGGGCUGUGGGGGUUUUACCUGUUCCCAGACUGCUACAACUAUGGGUACAAGCAGCAUCCACAACAGUACACUGGCGAAUGUCCAAAUGUCGAGCACGUUCGCAAUGACCAUCUGAUGUGGCUGUGGAAGGAGAGCUCAGCCCUCUACCCUUCCAUCUACCUUGACUAUGAGCUCAAGUCCUCCCCCAACACUGUCAAGUUUGUCCAUUAUCGAGUCAAGGAAGCCAUGAGGAUUGCGUCUAUUGCCCGUACAGACUUCACAUUGCCUGUGUUUGUCUACUCCAGACCUUUCUAUGCCUACACCUUUGUGGUUCUUUCUGAGAGUGACCUGCUUCAUACCAUCGGGGAGAGCGCCGCUUUGGGAGCAUCAGGCGUCGUCCUCUGGGGAUCAUCAGAAUACUCUCGAUCACAGAGGAACUGUCUGACAGUGAAGAAGUAUAUCGACGGCCCACUGGGACAUUAUGUUAUCAAUGUCACAUCAGCUGCUAAGUUGUGCAGCAAAGCAUUGUGCAAGAAGAAUGGCAGGUGCGUCCGCAAGAGCCUCGACUCAAACGCUUACCUGCACCUGAAUCCACGCUUCUUCCACAUUCACCGCAGGCCGACACCCAGGGGCCCCCAUUUCCACGUCAGCGGUCACCUCAACAACUAUGACAUCCUGGACAUGAAGAACAAGUUCACCUGCCAGUGCUACCAGGGCUGGACGGGGGUUCAUUGCGAGAUGCCCCAGACCCCGCCUCCACUACCCCCGCCUCAGCCUGCCAUCCCUCUGCCGCACCCCCACGAGAACAGCCUGCUGGGGGAUAUCUUGCUCCUCCUAUCCCUCCAUUUCUCUUGUCUGUGCAUCAUUAUCUUCCUGGGUCUCUGUCUGAUUAUUAAGUGUCUCAAUCUGUAGCCAACAAGACUUAAGCCGUUGUGUGUUAGCUCACAGUGUGAUCAGCUGCAGUUUCUCAAAUGUCCAAUAGAUGUUGUUUCAAGAAAACUCGGACUUUCCUGAAAUAGGAAAACCUCCAACAUUUCAAAGUCAGCUCUCACUUACUGACUUCACUUCCUCUAAUGUGUACCUUAGUGGUGGACAUUUUUGUCUGAAGGAAUAUUACACCAAAAAUCAUGUUUUAUAUAUCUAACAACCCAGCAGACUUAACAUGUUGCCCUGUAAAGUUUGUAACUUGCCCAUUUGCAAUGGAUAAUGUUAAAGAUUUGACAUAAAAAACAUCCAUAAAAACUUUAGAAACCACUGCCACCACAAUAACCUCAACAUUUUUUAUCCAGCCCCAGGAUGUGGUGAAAGCAGGCUCAUAACAAGGUAUCCAGAGAUCUCUCUCUUCAUCUAUGUCCUUCAGCUUGAUCGGGGGCCCAACCCACAUCAAAUGAAUUCUUUAGAACCAGUGCCUCAACUGCAGGCUCCUUCCAAGCUUAUCACUCUGUCCUUCAGGCUGAGCAGAAACAUUACAGGUCUCUGUUUGCCGAGUGUGUAAGAUACACUGCCUUUGUUGCUGGUGAAAUCUGGAAGGAGCAACGAGGGGGAGUGAAUUAUCAUUCAGAUGUUUGUGAUUUCACAAGUUUCUAUGGAUGGUUCAAUACCUGCUAUUUUUAUUUUGCUGUGUCUCGUGUUGAUCCAUUACACCUGUGGUGAAUCCAGACAAAUCAAUUACAGCAAGCUCCAAAUAUUUCAGAUCCUACACGGGGUGAAUAUCUUCAGAUGUAAAUGUUAACUAGCUUCAAAUUAGCUACUGCAUUAUCAAUGGAACACUGGAUUUACAAUUGUACAUGGUGUUGGAAUCCCAUGAACCUUCUGCUUUAGGUCUACUGCAGAAGAAACUGCUCUUUUGAAUGUGUCAUUGUCUGUCGCUGUUAAAUUCUUUACAUGAAACUGUAAACAUUGAGGGAAACCUAUCAUUUCCUACUGUCAGACCACCUCCUUCAGGGGAAGCGGUCUACACGUAUACGUAACCCACGAAGGUUGUUGCCAUUUUGGACUGUGUUGACCACAAAGGCAGAGAAUUGAGAUUUCAGAAGAUCUUUGUGAUCUGCAUCACCAGCUUGUCCUGUCCUUACCGCUGUCACCUAACAAUAGUGCUGCAGUUUGACACAACAAGAAAGAUUCAAUGCACCUUGGUUUUUAACAUGUUUACCAAUAGCUGUUCAGCCUGAUAUUUAGGCAUUGGACUUCUUGUCAUUUGCACUCAUCAUUUUACAUUUGAAAAACAAUUGAAGAGCAAUCCUGGCCUAGCCUAAGAAGGAUCCAACCAUUGGAUGAUGACAGAUUUAUUGGCCGCAUUUGGAGGAGACUUUGGCCUGUACUCACCUGGUGUUCACAUGUGGUUUUUGUGAUCCGAUCUCAAGUAGACACCUCUAAGUACAGGUGUGAACGCACUCAGAUCAGAUAUUAUCACUUAUCUGUACCCAUAUGCUGAUUUGGUUUUGGUCAUCGCCAAAAUAUCAACACUGACCAAGACAUCAUGACUGUUGUUUUUUAAAAUUUAUUAAAUCUCUCUUUACUGCAGCUGCAGGAGAUUCAUUCAGCGCCUCCUAACUACUCUCUCUCUCAUGCCGACAUACAGACACACAAUAUCGGACACAUCUGUACACUCAAACUGGGUCAAAAUUUUGUCGUAACAAAAAUCACAUACGUGUUCAUUUGCAUGUAGAGCGGGGAAGUGAGAUCCGAUCACAUGUGGUCACAGGAGACACCUUCAGGACACAUUUUAAUGCCAAGUGUACUUAGCGCUCGCCACAUGUGACUGGAUCUCUCAGGACAGAUGUUAAUACAAUGUGUGUACAGUGCCUUUGAAAUGGAAAAGCCUAGUCACACUGCUGUGACACAAUUGUUCAUCAAAUGCAGACACCAAGGAAGGAGGCACCCUAAUUUGGACACUGCUCACUAAUUGUGAAGAAAGAGCUGCUUGAGUCCUCCAUUGUUAGCUAUUGUGUUUUCUGAUGCUGGAAAGUCUAGAAGAAAACAAAACAGCACCCUUCAAACUCAUGCGCAGCUCACUCUGACUACAGUGACAACUUGUGCUAAACUAUGAUAUUACAGUUGCUGUUGAGGGGAGGGAUUUGGGGCUGUAGACUUCAUUAGUCUUCUUGUAAUCUACUGCAUUUGUCUUUUUCACUGGCAUUUAUACAUGAUUUAUUUAGUGUAACUUGUGUGUAUGUGUUUGUGUGUUUACAGCCUAAAUAAAAGAGAUAAAUAGAAGAAAUCACUCUCGUCAA